AUGGCGUUUCCAACAUUUAAGAGUGUACUUUCAGUUGCUUUGUUAUAUGUUUUAUAUCAGGGUAAUAAUGAAUAUGAUGCUCAUACAAUAUCGGAAUGGAAAAAUUCUAAACGGUCAAGAAAUUUGUCCGAAUUUUUUCCCCAGCAAAUUGGAAGAAGUGGAGAAAACUAUGGGGAUUACGAAUACGAACAACAUUAUAACGCAGAGUUGCAAAAAAGAAAUUAUAACAGAACUGAAGCAACAAAUAUCAUGGACUUAUUUCAAGAUGUAAAUAUAGCAGGUAACAGUUGGGACAAUUUUUGUUCACAAAAUGAAAAAUUUGACAUCCAGUACUGGGAAAAUCAAGAAGACCCCUAUGAACAAGCUUCGAGCUUUGCACAGGAAGCAUAUGAAAUUCCAGCAGAAGAUCCUUAUAUAAAUACAGCACCUACAAGUAUUAAACAAUAUAAGAAAACAUCUAAAGGUACCUCUAAAACACGUAAUAGUGAAAAUGGGCAUCCCUUGGAAGGUAGAAACAUUAUACAUAGGCCAACAAAUAAGAAGCAUCAAGUCCAUAUAAUUGAUGCUCGUAAUAUAAAAAAUACUGAAACUAGUGAAGAAAGCGACUUUUCUACGGAUCCUUCAAUAUUCAAAGAACAAUUAUCCGAUAAACAAUUAAAAGAGAUCAUUAAAAAUUUAAAAGAAAUCGUAACCCCUCAAGAAAGUGUUAAUAUAUACAACCAAGUUACAGCAAAGAAAAAAAACAAAUUUUAUGAGGCACUGAAAAAUUUGUCCAUUUUUUGGGAAGAUUUAGCAAAACAGUACAAUAUACCAUAUAGUUAUGUAGUUAGACAAUGGUGCAAAGUUUAUAGUGAUCUAUCAUUCGAAUUAUUGGAAGCAGAAAAAGAAUUAUUCUACCAUGCAAUGGAUUUAAGCUGUAUCAACACGAUUAUUAAUAUCCAGUUUGCUCAUAUUAUACGUACAAUUGAACAUUCUUGGGAAGAAUUUAUUUUUAAGAAGGAGAACGAUACCAAAGAUUACUUCAGAAAAAAAGUAAAAGAUUUUUACAAAAAAGAAUAUAAUACUUCCUGGUUUUAA